AGCAAAAUGGCCGAUAGUAAACUAACCGAUCACACAGCGUUUGACAGUCAUCAAGAGGUUAUGCAUGUUUUGUUUACAGUUUGAGAAUUACACUCGCGCAAAAAAGGAUACUCGCCUUUCCACGUCUUUUUUCUAUAUCUAACAUUUCGCCUUUCGGUGAUGUCAUUUCUUAUUCAAUUUAGCCUUGAAAGCCUCGAAGAACUAGCUCGCUAGGCUAGCUAGCUUGCUAGCCUGCUAGCGUUACGUUAGAUCUGCAAGAAUUUGCACAGAAGCACUUUAUGUUGUAUGUGAUUCCCGAGACAGGAGAAUCAGGAAAGGGAACAGUAGUUCAUGGAAGACAAGAAAAAGAAGAAAGAGGAUAAAAAGAAAAGGGAAACCUCUCAGAAGGUGCCAGAACAGAAAAUCAAAGUGCCAGAAUCAGCCAAGCCCUCCUCCACCCAGCCACUCGCCACCCCGGGCUCAGUGUCCCCCAGCCCUGGCCCUGCUCCCCCCUCAUCCCCCUGUCCUGGUGCAGCCGGGAUUUCUGCACAGGUCCCUCCCGGUGGCGGGAACAAUGCAAAGCAGCGGGCUGCUGUGGCCAACGGACAGCCCUCCUCCUCCUCCUCCUCCUCUGGAAGCCAGACCUCCCAGCAGCAGCGCUACAUGCCGAGGGAGGUUCCUCCAAGAUUUCGCUGCCAGCAGGACCACAAAGUGCUACUGAAGAGGGGCCAGCCGCCGCUGUCCUCCAUGCUGCUGGGCGGAGGAGAAGGAGGCGGGGGAGGGGGAGGUAAUGGCCGUGGAGCCAGCCCACCUCUCUCACAGGGAGCCGAUAACCCCAAUGCAACCGCAGCUGGAGCCACAGAUCCCAACCUGGGUUCAUCCUCCCCUUCACCCCCCCACUCCUCCUCAUCCUCAUUAUGUGUCGCUGCUCUGUCUUCUUCUUCUACUACUACUACUUCAACUUAUGCAAAUUCCACAUGGGGGGCAGGCUCUGGCAGCCAGCCCUCCUCUCAGGGCUGGGAGAAGGUGAUUGUUGAUGGGACUGACCUGGAGGAGUGGCCUAGCAUCCUAGGUGGGGCCAAAUUGGUUUCUGAGGGGGUUGGAGCAUUGGGACGGGAGCAAGACUGCCCCAAUAACAACAACAGCAGUGCCUCAUGGAGUGAGAGAAACAUCCAGCAGAAGGGAGGAGCAGCAGGAGGAGGAGCAGGGAACAUGGACAAUUCUUCGCCACCUCGCUCCUCUCCUCUUUCCUCCUCAUCCUCGCUCAAUGAAUGUGUUCAGUCAGGUGGCGUUGUGUGGGGCUCCUCCACCUCCCCUCAGGUGGAGGCUGGGCCAGGAGCAGCAGCAUUUUACAAUUCCAAAGUCUCCCAUCUUCUUCCUGGGCCUCAGGAGAGCCCUGUGGGCAGCAACAGCAGCGGGGUCCCUGGUGCCAAUUUCAACCCCAACACCAACCCCUCUGCCUGGCCUGCCUUGGUGCAGAGUGGGACGUCAGCGUCGGCCAGUGAGGGCCUUCCUCUGCACUCGUCCAUUACUUCAGCUUCUCCAUUCUCUGCCAGCACCACCCUCAUCACCACUCACUCUGUGUCAUCUGUGAAUCAGGCUGGCCUCCAUCAACAGCACCCUGACACUGCUGUGGGAGCCAGAAGCGGAGAGCAGCCGCAGCAGCAAUGGGGAGGCCUUGGGCCAGCACUAGGUUCAGGAGGAGGAGCAGUAGGAGCAGGGCCAGGACCAAAUCAAGAAGGUAGCGAUGGGAGGGACUAUGGGGAUGCUGGCGUUGAAGGAGAAGGGGGUGGUAAUCUCUCUGGCUCCUCAUCUUCCUCCUCUGCAGCCUCUUCUUCAUGGAGAGCCAUGCCUCCAACCUCGUCUGAUACCAGUACAGGUGUGUCGCAGACAGAUGGGUGGGGUGGAGGAGGGGCUGGAGCUCAGGGGCAUGAGGGAAACGUGUGGGGCUUUGGUAGCCAGGGUGAGAAGGUGGGGUGGGGGAGGGGAAAUGAUGGUAGCUCAAAUACCCCCGUGGUAUCUCAGGGAGCUUGGGAAGGAGGGAGUGCAGAACCAGAAUGGGGUAAUACAGCAGGAGUGGGAGGUUCUGGUAACCUAGCAAUAGGAAGUGGAAGAGGAGGAAGUGGGAGCAGCAACAGCAGCAGUAGUGGAGGCAGUGUCGGUGUUGGAGGCGGGGUUUCACAGGACUCCACCUCUCCAACCUUUGCAACUAUGACAAGAGCUUGGGACAAUCAGAAAGGGGUGGAAAGCGGGGAUGGCGGGGAAGGAGGGCAGGGUGGAGGCAGGACAGGUGGAGGACCCUCGUCCUCUAGUGGUGGAGGGUCCCUUGCUGGGAGCGGUGGAGGAGGGAGUGGCAGCGGACCUAACAAUCAGAAGCAGGAGCUCUCUGCACACAGCCGCUCCCACCCAACCCCCAGUGCUGAUGUGGCCUUACAGAGCAUGCUCAGUCGGUCUGACUUGGACCCAAGGGUUCUGUCCAACACCGGUUGGGGGCAGACCCAGAUCCGACAGAACGUGGCCUGGGACCUGGACACCACAACAGGAGGAGGAAACGGAAAUGAAAGAGGCACUUCAUCUUCCUCUGCAUUCUUAUCAACCAUGAACACUACCACUAAUCGUGGUCCUGGGUACCCGUCUAACACCAGUUUAGUGACUACUGAUCAGUCUGCUGGCGUCCACAUGGCCAGCCUGAACUCUGCACCAGUUUCAGUGAGGGACAGCUGGGAUGACGGUGCCACACAGACCACACGUGGUCCUCACAUGCCUGGUAGCAGCAUCAGGAAACCUGGAUCGCCAGUGAAAGAGAUGGAGGGCAGCCAGGGGAAGGCAGCUGGAGGAUGGGGGAGUGAAGAGCAAGAAUGGGGAGAUCAUGGAGGAGGAGUAAGGAACUGGAGAGACUCCGGAGAACAGGGUAGUGGAUGGUCAGGUGGUCCCGAGGACAAAGGGACAGGAGGAUGGAAGGAGAUGGUAAGAGGAGAGGGAGGAGGUUGGGGAGGACAGCGUGGAGGGGGAGGAGACUGGGGGCAGAGAGACUCCAAACUGGGAGGAGGGUGGGGAGAUGGGCGAAGCAGAGGUGGAACCAACUCUGAUGAGGGAUCCUCCUGGGGUAAUAUGGAAGAAGGAGGAUCCCAGAGAGGAGGCUGGGGAGGAGAUGUGGGUGGUAGCAAACCCCACCAAGAAUGGGGGAGCGUCAAACCACACACAACAGCAGCACAGAUACCAAACAGCCAAGUGGCAACACUGAAAGCCCCAAAUCAACAGCAGCACCAAUCACAGGGCCAGCAACCACCAGGAGGAUCCGUGCAAGGAGGGUGGGGCAGCCGGUCCAAUGUUGGAGGUGGAGGUCCACCAUCCAAAAAUCAGAACCAAAGUUCGGGCUGGACCUCCGGCCCGAUCCCCCAAAUCCCCGGGGGUGCGGGUGACUCCCUGGAGCCCAGCGGCUGGGAGGAGCCCUCCCCUCAGUCUAUCAGCCGCAAAAUGGAGAUCGACGAUGGGACUUCAGCCUGGGGAGACCCCACACGCUACAACAGCAAGAAUGUGAACUUGUGGGACAAGAACAAUGCCAAACCUGGUCAAAGCCAUGGUCAGCAGGGCCCCCCGCCGUCCAUGCAGCAACAACCACCCAGAAGGCAGCAGGGGAUGCAGCCUAGCAGGGACACAAACCCUGGCAAUGCUGCAAUGGGCCCAGGUAUGUGGGGAGGAGGAGCACAACCUGUUGACAAUGGUACGGCAGCUUGGGGGCAGACAUCAGACACACCAACAAGUUGGGGUGACCCAGAUGAACCUGGAAAAGCCUCCAGCUGGGCAAAUCCCUCACCCAAUCCUGGCAAAUCUGGCUCCAAGUCGAUGGAAAACUGGGGAGGUAAGGGUGAGGGCUCUGUGGCAGCAUCCCGGCACUCCAGCUGGGACGAGGAGGAUGACAGUGGCGGCGGGGUCUGGAACAGCACAGGCUCCCAGGGAAGCAGCUCGUCCUUCAACUCUGGAGGCUGGGGCCAAAGUCAUGGAGGAAAGAGAGGCAACAUCAAGGGUGGAGGAGGGGACAACUGGAUCAAUCCAAUGUCACGUCAGUUCUCAAACAUGGGUCUGCUGGGUGAUGACCCGAGUGUUGACAAGAAGAUGGAAGGAGACAAGAGAGGAAUGAAUGACUAUAAUGGAGAGAUGCGGAGGGGAGGAAGAGGUGGAGGUGGCUACCGCAUGCCUGGUUCCAAAGAAAUGGGUGCUGUGGACAUGGGACCUUAUGGUGAAAAGAUGGGUGCUCAUGGAGUGUUUGGUGGCAGUGGUGGAGGGAUGCCUCAGCCUCGAGGGAUGCACCAGCCUGGCAUGCAUCCAAUGAACCCCUCCCAGGGGUUACGUGCUCAAGUGCCUCAUCAGUUCCUGUCUGCUCAGGUGCCGGGCCCAAUGCUGAAGCAGAUGCCCUCCCCUGGUGGCAGUGUGGGCGGUGUAGUUGGCGGAGUGGGAGGUGUUGGUGGUGUGGGAGGUGUUGGUGGUGUUGGAGGAGGGGUGUUCCCUCCUCAGCUGUCACCACAGCAGCUAGCAAUGCUCAGCAGCAUUUACCCCCACGUGCAGCAGUUCCAUUUGGCUUGUCAGCUUUUGCUACAGCAGCAGCAGCAACAGCAGCAGCAGCAGCUCCUGCAGAGCCAGAGAAAGUUUCCUCAGCCUCAGCCUCUCAGGCAGCAGCCCGACCCACAGCAGCUGGCAAGGAUCAUGGCUAUUCUUCAGCAGCAGAGGCAGCAUCAGCAGGGAGGAGUCGCAGGAGCAGCAGCAGGAGGAGGGAGCUCCAAACUUUCUCCCUCUCACCUGGGAGCAGGCACAUCCAAACAGCCCAUGGUUGACCCCCUUACCCAUCCUGGAAUGGGCGGCCCGUUAUCAGACCUUCAUGCCAAAACACAGGGGAUGUACUCGGGCUUUGCCCCCGGUGGUAACCUGUCAGGACUGGAGCUGGGCUCCAUGAUGGGAGGAAUGGGAGGGAUGAAGGAUGCAGGGGGACAGCAGUCCCGCUUUAAAUGGAUGAUGGAGGGACACUCGCCAGCCCCAUCGCCUCCUGACACAGCCCUUCACAAGAACGGCCCUUUACCCAACCCUAUAAAGGUGAGAGGAGGUUCCCCGUACUCCCAGUAUGAAAUGCUGGGUGGUGAUGGUUUGGGGAUGCCCCCUCAAGGCCCUGCUGACAACUGGCACAGGACCCCUGGGAGCAAGAUGGGCAGCAAGCCUGGCACAUCCAGCUGGCCUCCAGAGUUCCAGCCUGGUGUGCCCUGGAAGGGGAUCCAGAGUACUGGAGACCCAGAGUCGGACCCCUACAUGACCCCUGGCAGUGUUCUGGGCUCCCCAGGACCUCCAAGCCUCAACGACUCUGACCAUCAGUUACUGCGAGACAACAUAGGGCCAAACCCCUCCCUCAACACCUCGCUGCCUUCACCUGGUGCCUGGCCCUACAGUGCCUCAGACAGCCCCCUUGGCAAUGCACACAGCACAGCAAAGUACUCUGAGUACAAACCCAGCUGGCCCCCUGAGCCCAUCGGACACAACAAGUUGUGGAAAACCAAUCGCAGCAGCUCGCACCUGCCACGCCCUCCUCCUGGCUUAACCAGCCAGAAGCAGGCCUCACCCUCCCCAUGGGGCAGUGGAGGCCCGCGGUUGGCCAGGAGCUGGGGAGGGAGUGGAGUUAACCAAGACACAAGAUUUGGGCCAGGCUCAGCUUGGAGUGAUGGUGUGGCCUCCAGAGGCAGCUGCUGGUUGCUGCUGAGCAACCUGACCCCUCAGAUCGAUGGCUCCACACUGAGGACUAUCUGCAUGCAGCAUGGUCCCCUGCUGACCUUUCACCUUGGCCUGACCCAGGGCAGCGCUCUGAUUCGCUACAAUAGUCGACAGGAAGCAGCCAAGGCCCAGGGUGCACUGCACAUGUGUGUUCUGGGUAACACCACAAUCCUGGCGGAGUUUGUGAGUGAAGAAGAAGUCGCUCGCUAUUUUGCACAUUCCCAGGCUGGAGGGGCAGAGGGGGCCAGCUCAGGAGGGGCGACAGCUGGUGGGGCACAGGGGUCUUCUGGAACAGGCACUGCUGUGGCCAACAGCGGAGGCAGCUCCCCAGGGAGUGAGCGGGGUGCAACGGGGACAAAUACGGGUGGAAACGGAAGUGGUGGUGGAGGAGGAGGAGGAGGAGGCGGAGGAAGUGGAGCAGCGGUUCUAGGUAGCGUGGGGUCCUCUAGCUCCGGCUGGCAGAGUCUGGAUGGCACAGGCAGUUCUUCAGAAUCCACUUCGGCCCAAGGACCUGGGCUGGGCAUAUUCUCCCAGUGGAGCACCAAUGGAGCAGGGGAGGCAGGCGGAGGAGCAGGGGGUGUCGGGGGAGUGGAGCCUGGGAGGUCCGGGCUCUGGGGAGGCGUAACUGCGGGGUACCCCAGCAGCAGCCUGUGGGGGGCACCACAAAUGGAGGAAAGGCACCAAAUGGACAGCCCUGCCUCUUUACUGCCCGGCGACCUGCUGGGGGGAGGGGCUGAUUCCAUCUGAUGAGCCCCCUCGAUUUAUAAGUGUAGGUUUAGACACACUGAUACAACAGCAUACACUGGGAAACAUAUGUACUUACUAUAGCACACACACAAACACAUUUACAUGGUAUGCAUAUUAAUGUACUACACAUAUACACGUGCAUACACAUACACGUAUGCAUAUUAAUGUACACACACAUAUAGCAGAAAUGUGAGACAUGCUUACACACAUUCUCGUGGCCAGACUUAAGCUAUUAUAUAAACAAAUGCAGGGACUGUUAGAUGUGUAUACGGCCUUUUUCCACAGAUGAAGAUUUCAACUGCUUAGACUUGAACCUGAAAAAGAAUGAAAAGUCAGUUGGUCUGAAAGACUUGACUGGAUUGCAAUGUGCUUAGUAAAUAGGGGACUUUUCAACAGAUUUACAUACACAUGCACACACCAAAUACAGACGAGCCUUCAGACAGGUGGGCACUGUAAACAGCAUUACCUUCAUCGUAUAAGAGAACUUAAAACUACUACAUGAUGUGAGGUGAAAGUGCAGUUUGUAUUCAUGUCCCUUAAAAAUGUAGACUGAAUCCAAACACAUGCAAACACACAGCUCUGAUUGACAACAGAACUGUAUCUUACUGUGUAUGUUGUUUGUUUUUCCGUUUGUAUGUAUGGUUGUUUUAAUUUUUUGAACAGUGGAAAUAUUGAAAAAUGUCAUUGUUCUGUUUUGAAAAUGCUGACCUCCUACUGUUGUAUCUCUCACGCACUCUUUCUCUGUUAUUCUCUCUCAAUCACAUUUGUUACUGUUGAAAUGAUAAAUGUUAAAUUGCUGGCAGUUUGAGGCUAUGUUGCAUUUCUCCAUGUGUCUGAUACUGUGCACAGUAUCAUACACAGUACGUGACCGUGCGUAUGAGUGAGACUGAGACCAAGUUAGUGGAUUAAACCACUGCCGUUGGUAUGCGUGUGAGAAUGUGAGGAUAAUGUGUGUGCGCAUGUUACUGCCUGUCAUAAAUGUGGGCAAGGCUGCUUACCAUACAGAAGGUCUAUACAAAAUGUUUUGAGUGCAUUCGGUAUACUGCUGACUGUGUGUUUCAAGAAAUAUUGGCACUAAUGCUUUGUUUUUUUCCUCAUUUUAAGUUGUGUAUUUUUUUUUUUUUUAGCAGACUUGUCUUUUUUUAUCGUCCGACCUGCAAUAAUAAAAAAGAACAUUUUAAUGACACAAAGAGCUGAAGGCAUAUGCGUUGAGAAAAUGGACAUGCCAAAUCUUAUCAAACUGUGUGGAGUGGGUGGUCGGGGUGGGAUGGGUUGUUUACAGAUGCAGAGUAAGAGUUACCGUACGUUUUUAUGUUUUGUUGUUGUGUAUUCGUUUUAAAUUAAGACAGGCUUUGACACUCCUGUUCAGUGUUUUCGUUUUGAGAUUUUACAAAAGAAAAAUUUAUUUAAACAAAUGAGAACAAGAUUAAUAAUAAAGAUGAAAGUAUUGGCUUCUAA